GAGGAUCUGAUGAUGGUGAUAUACGACAUAUUGACCUUGUGCUCUUGGAUGCUGAGGGGACUGCUAUGUACGCUGAAAUUGCCUCGGACAAUAUCAAAGACAAGAAAGCUAUGCUCACUGAAGGGAAAGUAUACACCCUAAAGAGAUUCAGGGUGCUCAAAUCAAAACCCUCUUACAGACCUGUUGACUCAGAAUUUAUGAUCGAAAUUACCUGUCAUACCUUGAUUGAAGAGAAGAGUGGCCACCAAUCUACCAUUCCGCUAUACACCUAUAGUCUAACGCGAUUCUCUGAUUUGCCUACGCUUGUUGGGGAGACCAAGCACUUUAUUGAUGUUAUUGGUUUAAUCACUGAGGUUGCUGAUACAACCACACUCCAGCUAGCUAAUCAAAGCAAACCCACAACCCGAAGGGCUAUCACAUUGAGAGACAACAGCAACUAUGAAAUCAAACUGUAUCUUUGGGGACAAAGAGCUUCUGAAUUUAAUGCUGAUGAAAUAUACACAAUUGGCCAAAAAGAACCAGUUGUGGCUAUCUUUGUUGGGCUUCUUAUGAAAUCUUACAGAGGCGAACAUUCGCUAAGUGGUAAUACAGCUUGCUGGUGGUACAUAAAUCCUAAUCUCCCUGAAGCUCACACUGUCCUAGCAAACCUCCACGGUAGUUUCCAGCCUGUGCAACACACCGCAAUGGAUCAGCAGCCUCCUAUUCCCCAGCUGCCACCUGCUGAACCAGAACAGAAAACUUUAGAGGAGAUGUUUAGUAUCAGUCCAUACGACUUCCCACCUCAAGGCUUCCGGUGCACCAUUACUAUUUCCCGGAUCGAUCCAUCUAUAUCCUGGUUUUUUCCAUCAUGCAAUCGGUGCAGCAAAACUGCGCUCCCCGACGGAAGUGGAUACAAAUGUCCACAUUGCAAAUGCACAGGGUCUAAAUUCAAAUAUAAGAUAUGCUUAAUAGGAACUGAUGGCACAGAUGAAGCAGAAUUUGUCCUCUUUGGUGACAUGGGCCGUCGCCUUGUUCAUAAAGACGUGAAGGUAUUACUAAGAUCCUGCCGCUCCAUUGACACAAUUCCAAGUGAAAUAGCCUCGCUGGUUUCGCAAAAAUACCAGUUCACAAUGAACGUCACCAGCAAAUGUUUCGAGAAACCCCAGCGAUCAUACGAAGUGAAACACGUUAAUUGUGCAUACGGUCGGCAAACUACCGUUCCAACAAUCAGGAGGUCCACCAGUUUAUCCCUUCAUGACAAACAGAAAUCAGUUUUAGCAAUUGGAUCCUCAUCUGAUUUUUCAGAAUCACACAAAAAUCCGCAGGAUGAGAUUUCUGAAUUAUCUGAGCAUACUCCGCCACCAGCAACAUCCCCAAAUGUUGCCACCCUGAAAAACAAGCAACCUCCUCCUGAUCACCCUGUUGAUACCAAAGAAAGAAGAGAUGUACGCAGGCGUUUAUCCUUGCAUACAGAUACAAGUGGUCAGGGUACAUCCAAACACAUUCUCCCUGAUGCUGAUAGUUUGGAAACCCAUUUACACCCUACCACUAGGUCAGUGCUCUCCAAAACUCUCAAUAACUACUACCCUCACAAUUUAUAUUAAAAACUAUUUAAACCUGUUAUUUUUACAUCUUGACCAUUCAAUCCUUACUUUCUUUAUGUUAAGAUCUACACUUCGUUCCCAUGGUGCUGCUCAUUCUGAUAUUC